AUGGCUGGUCUGGAAGAGAUCACAGCACCACCAGCUCACGUCUCGGAAGAACAGCUGGCACAGCUACAGCAAAGCACGCCAGAAUCAUUCAACGAAAUUCCACCAGUGCUCCGCCUACACUUGACUCGGACAAGCAUCUAUAUCACUCCAUCCCCAUCAUCACGGCCUGCAUGCUUUGAGCAACUCAAGACCAGCUCGACUGAGAUGUUGGAAGCCAAUGGAGAUGAUAACGACGGGGAAGAUGAAGCAGCAGAAGUAUUUCAGUCAUUAGGUGAACUGUGGCUGACAGAACGUGAGGUUGGCUUCCUCUCACCCAAGACCGGCACUGGCUUUCGGCUUGGCUACUCGAAUGUAGCAUUGCAUGCCCUCACGCGUACUCGUCCGAGCUUUCUCCUAUCCACAGUUCAGAACGGUGCUUCGUCGUCAUCAACAUCAACAAGUGACUUCCACGGCUGUCUGUAUUGCCAGCUUGACCUGUCUCCCAACGCAGCCACAGCUCAGAUGGGCGACGACGAGGAUGAAGACGGAGAGUUCGUCGAAAUGUACAUCUUCACGCCGGACAGUGCUUCUCUCGAUCAGCUCUUCGAAGUGCUAUCCCACUGUGCUUCGCUACAUCCAUCUGGACCAGUGGAGGCUGACGGCGGGCAUCCCUUUGCUGGCUUUGCACCGUUCGGCACAAGUGCAUCUGGCAUGCUACUAGGCGACGACGCUGACGACGACCAAGACGAAGCGGCUUUUGACGACGUCGAGGGCGACGAAGACCAAGAGCUAAGCGAGACUGGCAGGCGCAAUCUCGCAUAUUUGAAAAGCGUCAUGCAAUGGCCCGACUUGGACGAGGCGGAGACACCUUCUCUUGUAGGCGGUGACCUCCCCUCGAUUAGCAUCAACCCAGGACAUCAGUCGGCCGCAACCAACACGCUCAUCUUAUCGAACUUUCCAGUCGAGUUCUUCAUUCCACACAUCUGCUCUUUGUUACUGUCAUUGCUCAACACGUACGGACCCAUGGUGCGGUGGAUACCGUUACCUUCUGUAGGGCACGCAGUGGUGAUCUUCGAGGACUCGGAUGGUGCUGCAAUGGCCAAGGAUGGGUUGGACCGCUUGGUGCUACCGUUUGAGGACAGCGACGUGCAAGGCGUCGAGAGAGCGUCGGAUGAAGACGAUGGCACGAUUUUGCGAGCAAUCUUUGGCCCAGUGACAGAUCCGACAGCAGAGCCAGAGACACUGGCAGUCCCGACGACAGACAAGAACUUCUUGAUCUCUCCUCCAGGCAGUCCGCCAGUAGGAUGGGAGCCAAUCCGAGAAGAUCCGCCAAACCGCGACACACUGGCCGAUGACCUGAUGAAGGCGCUUGCAGAUCUGCGUGAUACAGGGAGUCACAUCGAGUCCCAUCAACCACGAGUCUGGGGCGAAGGUGGCACAGGAUCGGACGAAGGCAAAGAAGAGCGCCGCAAUGGAGGUGAGGGCACGCCCGAGGUGAUCCUCGCACCGAGUACUGCUCCUGGGAUGCGCGCCUUCCAGCUUGGAUGGCUGCGAGGGGAGCAGGACAUAGACACCAGCAAAGAGGACGAGCAGAUUGAGUUGCCAGGUGUGACGGUGCAGUCAUUUGAUGGUAAUGACGAAGGUCCAAAUGGUUCGAACGCAGGUGCAAAGCUGUUCAACGGAUUCAGCAUCAGUUCUGUCAAAGCGACGGUGGAUUCAAUGCGUGGACCGAUGCAACUUGGUGGGUCCAGCACUGGACUCGAUGCGACCCAGGGGCUCGGUACAGAGCUGGGCGGUGGUACACGGCGCAUCACACCUACCAGCCGUCCUCCGUUAAACAACGAAGGGUACUCAGAUGCUGGAUAA